AAAUAAAAACUAAUUUUUUUAUCAUUAUUAAUUUUAGUAUCUUAUCAAGUAUAAUUAAAAGUAGAUAAUGAGCUAAAUACAUAAAUAUAUAUGAGUAUGUAUAUGCUAGUAUGGAGCUUAAAGUGAAGCAAAAAGCGGGUAUCAAACAACCUAGUUCGGAUGUUUAUGCCCAAAGCAAUAUCAUAAGUGUGCCAAAGAAAGAGCGGCAUAGAAGUAUGAGGUAGAGGUAAAAGUUGAUGGUGGAUAUGGAAGUAAAGGUAGAGGUAGAGGUAGAGGAAGUUGGUAUGAUCGGUGAAUGGAGAGGAGCAAGCACUGGGAGUACUGUACUCGGUAUAGUACUGAUUACAAGAGAAAGAAAGAAAGUGCGAGGUAUAACGGAGAGAAAUUGUAUAGAGAUAGUUUUUAGUCGCUGAUACCGCGAUCCCUGGUGGGGUUUCAUUCCCGCGGAGGUCUACUGCUCGUAGUCUCUGGCCAUGACAUUGCGCGCGCGCGAACCGCCAACUCCACUUACCUUAUCCACCUCGUCCACGAGUAGUGAAAACGUUGUAUUGACAGUCUAGCUCUGUUUAUUUCCUAGUUGACCAUAGUCUUCCUCAUUCAAUUUAAAUGUUUUUAAAUUUAUUCUGUAAACUUUAAAUAUUUAUUUUAAAUUAUGUUACAAAUAUGCUGUGAUAAUAUUUAAUCAAUAAUUUGAAUAAGUUUUUUUUUAUCAAUGAAUCUGCUCUAAAAGUAUCAAAGUUCUACGGUAGUAGAUCAAUUUAACCAGGAUGGCAUUGACCUGCUGGGAAAAACUGGCAUUAGUGGCACUAGCCGCAGUAGGAUUACGUAUAUUACUUCGGCUAUCAGUGUUUACCUGGAAAAAAAUAAUAGCACCGAGUCUUGGCCGCGGAAUAAACGUUGCGACUCAAGGAAAAUGGGCAGUAAUUACUGGUGCGACUGACGGACUUGGUAAAGCUUACGCACAAGCACUAGCAGCUAAAGGACUGGACAUUGUCUUGAUAUCGAGAACACAAGCUAAAUUAGAAGACGUUGCUAAAGAAAUCCGCACGAGUUAUGGGGUGGAAACGCGGAUUCUCGAAGCCGAUCUUACUGAAGGCCAGGCUGUGUACACAAAAAUCACAAAAUUAAUCGAAGGCCUUGAGGUAGGAGUGCUGGUAAAUAAUGCGGGAAUGAGUUACGACCAUCCGGAAUUAUUUACAAAUAUUACGGAAGAAACUAUAACAAACAUUUUACAAUUAAAUGUGGCGGCGACUACCGCUAUUGCCCGAGCGGUACUUCCGGGCAUGAUGGAACGCCGUAAAGGUGUAAUUAUAAAUAUAAGUUCUACUGCAGCAGCUAUUCCGAGUCCUUAUUUGUCUGUUUAUGCAGCAAGUAAAGCGUUUGUUGAUAAAUUAAGUGCCGAUUUGGCGGUCGAAGCCGCGCCGCGUAAUGUUACGAUCCAGUGUGUUCUUCCGGGUCCAGUUGCUACUAAAAUGUCCAAGAUAAAAAAAGCGACAUGGAUGGCACCGACCCCCGAAAAAUUCGUCGAAGCCUGUUUAAAAACAGUCGGAAUAGAGUCAAGAACGACGGGAUAUCCGCCUCAUUGUUUAAUUAUUGGAACAAUAAAUGCCUUGCGAUGUGUUUGUGAGAAAGGUGCAAUUUGGCUGGUGUCAAGGACAAUGUUAAAUGUUCGCGGUCGCGCAUUGAAGAAAAAAAAACAGGAACAAGACUCCAGUACACACGAACAUAUAACUGAUUUACCAUCCAGACGAGAAAUUCCGUGUGUCGUAUUAAAUGCAGGCGAGUGAACAUAUAUCAUUGAAUAUUCAUACAUAAUAGUGCCAAAGGUCGACGACGUGCUAUAUUAUUCAUUAGCUUCAUAUGUAUAAUGCAUAAAAUCAUACGUCAUUGAUUUGCUUAUUUGAAUUUAUUAUUUUUUUUCAAUACAUUGUUUCAUUCAUCAAUUAAUAUAAAUAUUUUUUACACUGUUACAUAA